AUGCGGGUGGGAGCUGCGGCCAUUUCUGCCAUCGCAGCAUCUCCGUUCCCCGUGGACGGUGCGACGAAAGCAGCCAAGUCCAGUCCUGCCUUUCCAAUGCGCGCGCUGGUCGUUGCCGGCACACACGACAGCGAUGCUGUGGAGGGCAAUAACGACGACGAGGCCAUCUUCGAACUUUUCUUUCGCGAGGCGCAGCUCCACUAUCACAUCUCUGCAGAGGAGAACAUGCGUAACCACCUUCUCGCCGGCGAGGAGGUUGCUUUCACAAACCUGAUGAUCGAGGCCUUGCAGGCGCGCGCCGAGCUGCUAGCUGGAGACGAGGCGGCAGAGCUGGUGAUCAGAGACGCACAGAAGCGGGCACAGGAGCGGCAAGCCAUGAUGAAGGAGAUUGAGAAAACCGUGGCCCUUCGGCUGCACGACGAGCGCAUGGCACAGCUGUUGGCUAUGGAGUUUGAGGCGCUGCUCCCGGCCCACGGUGCCGGCUGCGAGCGCAUCCUUCGUGAAGAGGCGGCCGACCUUGGCGAAGUGUUUCGCUGGCACAAAGAGAACCGCCCUCUGGGGGCCGGGUGCUUCAUCGAAGCUCCAGUGGAGGAUUCUCGCCUCACGGACGCCCGUCGCGGUACCGGCGCGGCAAAGUUUCUAGAGAGCAGAUUAGCACUGGCAAAAGGCUCUCGUCGUGCCUCGUGCGCGCGUAGCUCCCGAGUCUACUUGGCCCAGCUGCUACAGAAGGGUACGUCGAGUCGCUGUUCCGCCGCUGCGCUUGGCCCCCUGGCGGUCGCCGCGGGCGAGGCCCCGGCGUCGCUGCUGGAUGGGACGCUGCCGGUGAUGGAUGAGGCUCUCUUUCAGGAGGAGGGGCGGGCGCGCCUACAGGCAGCGAAGGAUCAGCGCUACUUAGCGCUUCGAGGGCUGCGCGCUGUGAGCGAUAUUCGGCAGGCGGCGGCUGCGGCGCGCGAGAAGGUGCUGGCGGAGGAAGCGAUGUGCUGGAUGCAAAUCGCGCGCCUUGAAGUGGACGGUAUCUACGCUGCCCAGGAGGCGACUCGGGAGCGGAAGAAGCGUGAGGCUAGCGCGGAUGCUGCCACAACGCACCGUGCCGCACAGAAGAAAGAAGUCAAGGAGCGACUGCUGCGUCAGCGUGGGCGCCCGGUACCUGAGCCAGACAACAGCGCGGGUGGUGACGCGCGUGUGCAGCCACGUAUUUCGGGAAAGAGCACCGAGGAGGGUGCGCAGCCUCCAAAGGAUCAGGCAGCGAUUACGGAGGCAGGAGCGCUAGAGCAGCCAAGUCCGCGGAGCUCUUCCUCCACCGUACCGGACAACUCUCCGCUGUGCGGUGCGCUGGCGGAGGGUGCAAGCACAACGGCAGAAGCCAACGUCGACGCAGUUGAUGAGCUGGCGUAUUUGCGUUUCGUCACAGGCGAGAUUACCGACCCGGACGCGUGCAAGCAACUGAGCGCGCUGGUAAGCAGUGAAGUCGACGAGGAAGUGGAGAAGGCGGUGUAG